UCUCACGUGACUCGAGCUGUAACAGGGAUACCGGGGUCAAGGGUUACCGAGAAGCUAACAGCGCGCCUGCGUGGUGAUUGCAUUUCAAUUUACACGGAAACCGAGUGAAAACGACAGCGUCAACAGAAACGAGGGAAACGAAAAAAAAGAGAUAUAACGGAAAAAAACAUCUAAGCAGGGUACAAACAACGGACUGCCUACCUAGAAGUGCUCCAGAAUUUUCAGAGGCCUUUUCAGUCACUUCCUCAGUCGUGCAAGAUGCCAGCCGCGCUAGCAGAUACCAGCAAGAUCAUCUGUGAAGUUUGGGCCAGCAAUCUGGAGGAGGAAAUGAGGAAAAUCCGACAGAUUAUUCAGAGCUUCAACUUCAUUGCCAUGGACACAGAGUUCCCAGGAGUUGUGGUGAGGCCGAUUGGUGAGUUUCGCAGUACAGUGGAUUACCAGUAUCAGCUCCUGCGGUGUAACGUGGACCUGCUGAAGAUCAUCCAGCUCGGACUGACCUUCAUGAAUGAAGAUGGGGACUACCCACCUGGAACAACCACCUGGCAGUUUAACUUCAAGUUCAACCUGACGUAUGUGUGUGUGUGUGUGUACAUUCCGUUCAGAAAUGAUGUUGAAAUGGAGGACAUGUACUCCCAGGACUCCAUCGAUCUGCUGCAGAACUCUGGACUGCAGUUCAAGAAACACGAGGAAGAAGGAAUUAAUACUCUCUACUUUGCCGAGCUCCUCAUGACAUCUGGUUUAGUGCUGUGUGAAAAUGUCAAGUGGCUCUCCUUUCACAGCGGCUAUGACUUUGGCUACUUGGUGAAGCUUCUCACUGACACCAGGCUGCCUGAGGAGGAGCACGAGUUCUUUCAGAUACUCAACCUCUUCUUUCCUGCGAUCUAUGAUGUGAAGUACCUCAUGAAGAGCUGUAAGAACCUCAAGGGGGGUCUUCAGGAAGUUGCUGAUCAGCUGGAGUUGAAGAGGAUAGGCAGGCAGCACCAGGCUGGCUCGGACUCGCUGCUCACUGGGAUGGCGUUCUUCAGAAUGAAAGAGUUGUUUUUUGAAGAUAACAUCGAUGAUGCGAAGUACUGCGGGCGGCUGUACGGCUUGGGGUCUGGAUCCACCCAGAGUCAGAACGGAAUUGCAAACUCCUCUCAAGAAGAAACGAACAACAAACACUGACAGACUUGCCGCUGAGCCUCCACGCCCGGGUGCUUCUUUAUCUCCCCAGCAGUAUCCUGCAUUCAUUUCUUCCUCCAGCACCUUUUUAAGAAGUUCAGGUUGUGCGAUCCAGAUCUCGUCACUCCUGAAAGGACUUUGGUUUCUGUUGUCGCUAAAUCUUGUGUUCUGUUAAGCCGUGUCUGCUUUUCCAGUUAAACUUCAGUACUAGAGCGGAUCGCCUGCGAUACCGACGCUGAGCCUCUCUAGCUUUAAAUGAUCCUUGUAUUGCUUUCAGCUGCAGUACCACCACGUUUUUUUUGUUUUUAACAGGGGACCAGUGCCUGGGUGCUGUAUGCAGUGGAAGACAUUAGAAAUGCAGCAUUUUAACACACUCUGCUGCAAUCCUCUUCUAAAAUUCAUAACUUGCUAACCAACGGCCGCUGUGACCCGUACAACAGGUUUCGAGUUGGAUUCCCUAGGAACGUUUAAAACGGAUCAGUGUCUGAUACAUAGCAGACAAGUUUGUAGUUGUACAAUUUUAAAGAAGGCUGGGAAGUUAUGUAUAUUACAAAGAAAGCUAUUACGUUUUACAGUGUUUGUUUUCACUGAGAAAUUAAGAUUUUAGGAAUGGAUGUUGGCUCAGUAGGAAAAGAAAACUGUACCUUUUAAAAAUGUUCACUUCCUGAUUUUAAUUUUAUUAUUUCCACAGAUGAUUGUGAUGUAUAUUGUUUUUAAAAACGCCCGUUGUUUUAAACAGUUGUGUAUUAAAGUGUUUUCUAUAAACUGGA